AUGUUCGAGCGUCGCGCUGCUGACCGAUACCACCUCCGCCUGCACCGCGCUCGUUCGGUUGCGUUAACCUCUGAUGAGAUUGUCGAAGUCCGCGCAGCCCAACGUACCUUUGAAGGCGCCUACGUUCGCACCGCUCUGUCCCAAUUCUCCUUCGCCCUCGUCGUGCUCAAGAUCUUCAGUCGCGAGUUCUACAGCAUCGGUGCAUUGUUUGCAGUCUAUGGAACGGGUGUGCUCAUAAUUGGUCUCUUCCGUCGUCAACAAGGAAACAAACAGUUUUUCUCGGAGGUGGGAGAGGAUGGUGUCCACCGUCACAAGUUCCGGACUAGUGGGAAUGCCGUGGUGGUUUUGACGGUGCUGAGUAUUGCAGCGUAUGCGGUUCUUAUCGCUCUCACGUUGAAAUUAAGUCGCUAG